AUGGAGACCGAGUACUUCUGCCUGUAUCCUAUAUACAUGGAUUCGACAAAGUCACUUUCCGAGGGGAGAAAAUACAGGAAGGAGAUCUGUGUACAAAAGCCAAGAUACCAUGAGAUCAAGAAUGCUCUCGAAAAGCUUGAAAUCGGGUAUGUUGAUGAAGCGUCAAAGAAGCACCCAGGCGAUUUCUUCAACAGCGGAAGGUUCCGAAUAAAGAAGGAGUAUGGAAAGAUGUUCGUUAUUGAGGGGGUGAGCCAAACAAUUACAGAGAUGAGGUCCAGCUCAAGAGGCGGCGAGAGUCCUUCUACAGAGCGGCAAGCCAAUGGAAAGGCUGUGCGAGGGGUUAUUCAAAAUGGCGUGUAUGUUGAGAAUAAGCUUAAUCUUGUCAGGAAGAAGAAGUCGAAGAAGAAAAAAUAA